AUGGAAGCUUCAUUCAAAAUGAGAGUUAUGAGAGUUUUUCUCGUGUUCUUGCUGUUUCUGGUGACCGUGACGGUGACAGCUGUUAACCCGUCUUUAAACGACGACGUUUUGGGGUUGAUUGUGUUCAAAGCGGAUAUACAAGAUCCAAAGGGGAAGUUAACGUCUUGGAAUGAAGAUGAUGAAAGUGCUUGCAGUGGUAGUUGGGUUGGGGUGAAAUGCAACCCUAGAUCCAACAGAGUGGUGGAGGUUAACCUGAAUGGGUUUUCUUUAUCUGGAAGAAUUGGUCGUGGGUUGCAACGUUUGCAGUUUCUGCGUCGGCUUUAUUUGGCGAAUAACAAUCUUACCGGGAGUAUAACCCCUAAUAUUGCUACUAUUGAUAACCUUAGGGUUCUUGAUUUGAGUAAUAAUAAUCUUUCAGGGGUUGUUCCUGAUGAUAUUUUUCGACAAUGUGGGUCUAUGAGAGUUGUUUCUUUAGCGGGGAAUUUGUUUUCUGGUAACAUACCUUCUAGUUUAGGGUCAUGUUCAGCUGUUGCUACUAUUGAUCUUUCUUUUAACCAGUUUGAUGGUGGUGUUCCUAAGGAGAUUUGGAGUUUGAGUGGACUUAGGUCUCUUGAUUUGUCUGAUAAUUUGUUGGAAGGUGAGAUUCCGGAAGGUGUCGAGGCGUUGAAGAAUUUGAGAAGCAUUAACUUGGCUAGGAAUAGCUUUUCUGGGAAGAUACCUUAUGGGUUUGGAAGUUGUUCGCUUUUGAGGUCUAUUGAUUUUGGUGAGAAUUCUUUCUCGGGUAGUAUUCCUAGUGAUUUGAAGGAUUUGGUGUUGUGUGGUUACUUUAGUUUGAGCGGAAAUGCUUUCUCAGGAGAUGUUCCUGAGUGGAUUGGAGAGAUGAAGAGUCUUCAGACAUUGGAUCUUUCUCGGAAUAGAUUUUCUGGUUUGGUGCCGGACUCUUUAGGAAAACUUUGGUUAAUGAAAACAUUGAAUCUUUCUGGAAAUGGUUUCACUGGCAAUCUUCCCGAGUCCAUGGUGAAUUGCACAAACCUUGUGGCUUUGGAUGUUAGCCAAAAUUCAUUGUCUGGAGAUCUUCCUUCUUGGAUUUUUGGGUCGGAUUUGGAGAAGGUUUCAGUGGCAGAUAACAAAAUGAGUGGUAGGGUGAAAAGCCCUCUCUAUUCCUUGAAAGAAGUUGUGGUUCAGAGUCUUCAAGUUUUGGAUUUAUCUCACAAUGCAUUUUCUGGUGAAAUCACUUCUGCUGUUUCACAUUUAAGCAACUUGCAGGUUUUGAAUUUAUCUUAUAACUCUUUGGGAGGUCUUAUUCCGGCUUCAAUCGGUGAUUUGAAAACAUGUUCUAGUCUUGAUUUGAGUUAUAAUAAGCUAAACGGAAGCAUACCUCGGGAAAUUGGUGGAGCUCUUUCUUUGAAAGAACUUAUUUUGGAAAACAACUUCCUUACUGGGAAAAUCCCAAUUUCAAUUGAGAACUUCUCUUCAUUAACAACUUUGAUUCUGUCGAAGAACAAGCUGAGUGGGUCAAUACCAGCAGCAGUUGCAAAACUCACCAAUUUGAAAACUGUGGACAUAUCAUUCAACAAUCUUAAUGGAAGCCUUCCUAAACAAUUGGCCAACCUUCCCAAUCUCCUAACCUUCAACUUAUCUCACAAUAACCUUCAGGGCGAACUGCCGGCUGGUGGUUUCUUUAACACCAUUUCACCUUCCUCCGUUGCUGGCAAUCCAUUUCUUUGUGGAUCUGUUGUAAACAAAAAAUGCCCUGUUAGGCUCCCAAAGCCUAUUGUUCUGAAUCCCAAUUUUUCUGGUGACUCUGACCCAGGUUCGCCUACUCCAAUGUCAGGUCACAAGAGAAAUAUUCUCAGCAUUUCAGCACUCAUUGCCAUUGGUGCAGCUGCUUUCAUUGUAAUUGGUGUCAUUGGCAUCACUGUUCUCAACCUUCGUGUCCGGGCUGCCGCAUCUCGAUCUCCAGUGGCCCUUGAUUUUUCUGCAGGGGAUGAUUAUAGCCGUUCGCCAACCACAGAUGCCAACUCCGGCAAGCUUGUCAUGUUUUCAGGUGAACCUGAUUUCAGCUCUGGUGCACAUGCCUUGCUUAACAAAGAUUGCGAGCUUGGGCGUGGAGGAUUUGGGUCUGUGUACCAAACAGUACUAGGAGACGGUCGUUCAGUUGCUAUAAAGAAGCUCACUGUGUCGAGCCUUGUCAAGUCACAAGAAGAUUUCGAGAGGGAAGUGAAGAAAUUAGGAAAAGUCAGACACCAAAAUCUUGUUGAACUCGAAGGCUAUUAUUGGACUUCAUCACUUCAACUCCUUAUAUACGAGUUCGUCUCUCGUGGUAGCCUUUACAAACAUCUCCAUGAAGGAUCAGGCGAAAACUUCCUUUCAUGGAACGAGAGGUUUAACGUCAUUCUCGGGUCGGCAAAGGCCUUAGCUCACUUGCAUCACUCCAACAUCAUUCACUACAACAUUAAGUCAACCAACAUCCUCAUCGAUAGCUACGGCGAACCUAAAGUAGGCGAUUACGGCCUAGCAAGGCUGCUACCAAUGCUCGACCGGUACGUCUUGAGCAGCAAAAUUCAAAGCGCACUCGGCUACAUGGCACCGGAGUUUGCCUGCAAAACAGUAAAAAUCACCGAGAAAUGCGAUGUUUAUGGAUUCGGAGUUUUGGUUUUGGAGAUUGUGACAGGGAAAAGGCCAGUAGAGUAUAUGGAGGAUGAUGUUGUUGUACUUUGUGACAUGGUAAGAGGAGCAUUGGAUGAAGGGAGAGUAGAGGAAUGCAUUGAUGAGAGGCUACUAGGGAAGUUUCCAGUAGAAGAAGUGAUUCCCGUGAUUAAGCUUGGUUUGGUAUGUACUUCACAAGUGCCAUCUAAUAGGCCAGAAAUGGGAGAGGUAGUUACCAUAUUGGAGCUUAUAAGAUGCCCUUCAGAAGGACAAGAAGAGUUGUUGGAAUGA